ACUAUUAAGCCAUAAUAAACCAAUAAAUAAGAGGAAGCUCAUAGAACACCAUAUGGCAACACAAAUUGAUCUUCCUCUUCAUUUUCUCUAAAGCAAUGGGUUCCUCCUCAACUCAAAUCGGGCAUCAGCAGACGGCAGCAAAAGAAUGUGGCCCCGUAGUCCCGGUAGCCAAAUACCCUUCAUUUUCUUCGUCACUUUCAUCAUCAUCGUCAUCAUCUUCACUGGGAUCUUCGUAUUUUCCCGAUGAUUCGCCUUUCAGUCCCGGAACUCCAUUCCGGUUUUCAGGUGUACCAUUCUCUUGGGAACAUUUACCAGGGAUCCCAAAGAAGCUACAAAAUCACAGCAAAAAGGACUACUCCAUGAAGUUGCUGCCAUUGCCUCCACAGACUAUCCCACGACCCUCAAAAACCAGCAGUUUCGAAGACAUGCUAACAAGGAAGAAACCAUCCGCCGGCGUCUCCGAGAGUUUCCGGCGAAUGGAUCCUUUUUUCGCGGCGUUGAUUGAGUGUUCCAAGGAAGACGGUGAUCAAGAAACCGACAGAAAUCUCUGGAACGGAGCUAAGGUAACGAGAAGCGUGAGUGACAGGUUUGGGUUCAUCAAUCUUUACAGUUCGUGUAAAAGAAGUUGCACAGUUUCAGAAUCAAUAGUGUAUCUUCCGAGGUCUCGAAGAACUGCAGAUUAUGACCUCAUCAAUCACCGUCGUUCUCGUUAAAUGUACCCUAAU